UAGCCUAGCUGCAGGAGGAGUCUGGUUUAAAUCACACAAGAGAAGCAGGAAGCUGUCCCUGUCUGUCCCUGUCUGUCCCUGUUUGUCCCUGUAGAGACAUAAAUAUAUAUAUACAUUUAAAUAAACAUGUCUGUGGACCGACUGGACGUUUUACGGGAGCGGAACAAAGAGCUGCUGAACCAGCUGAAGCAGAAGAAGAGAGAGGAAGAGGAGCGACAGGACGGCUGCAGGCAGAGCCGCAAGAGGGAGAGAGAGGACGAGGACCAGGCUGAGGAGAGGACAACAGAGAGGACAGAGAUGCUCACCCUGAGCGACGGGGACAGAGGUCCUGCCCGGUUCGCCCGCUCCAAACCCUCCGUGAGAUUUGCAGAUACAUGUACAGGCAUCCAGAGCACAUCUUCAACACCGUCUUUGACCUGCAAGCACAGAGGAGGGACUGCUGAACGUACAACACCAUCAGACCUGUUCAAAGACAGCAGCAGAUAUCCUCUUGUCCACAGCAGGAUCCAGGAUAUGAGGCCAGCCACCACCAAGUCCUUUCUAGUAAAUCACAGCAAAGAACAGAGGGAGGCACGGAGUCGAGUCACAUUUCAGUCUGAUGAAUGCGAAGAGACAUCUGCCUCAGACAGGCAUCAUUUGCAUCCUUUACUCGGGUAUGACUGGAUAGCAGGAGUCCUGGAUGCUGAAGACUCCUUGAUAGAGCGCUCUGACGAGUUCUUCAAUGACCUGCGCACGUUUCGAUCGCUCAAUAAAGAUGAGUGUGUCCACGGCCCACAAGCGGAACUUCCUAAGGAGAACCGUUCAGUCCUGCCGCUGCUAUCUGACAAGGACGGUCCAGAGGCUAACAAGGAUACUCAUCAAUGUACGUUCUCUUACAGGAUUAACAGCAGACUGUUCCCCGUCCCACUUCACUCUCAGGAGUGCUGCCCGGUGUGCAAAGAGCACAAAUCCUCCCGGCCUCACACUAUUGCUGAACCGGCUCUCAUCAGGGUCAGCAUCCCUCGCUCCACCCUCUUGCCACCUCACAAGUACAAAGCUCAUCGGCGAUGCAGUUUUGACCCCUCUGAUAGUUUGGGGUUACCAUCGCACUGUCUGUCAGGCUGGUCGAACACAGGUCAGAGCACACUGCCGCCGCCCAGCAGCCUCGAUCUGCGGAGCAGUCUGAAUAUGAAGAGCUCCACCGAAUCACAGAACCAGGAACUGGAGGAUCUCGCUGCAGCCAGAGUGUCUGGUAAAAUCUCUGACCAGAUCUCAGAUGUGUCUCGCUUGGCUCGUCACAACUUCCAACACUUCUCUUCCAAAAGAAAACUAGGAAGCACAUUUUACCCUUUGCACUGACAAACAAUCAAAGUCUAUUUUGAAGUGAUGAUUGCAGUUCCUGAGCCAUAUAACGCCACCCAAAAUGAUUUCCUUUUAUAUGCUCGUGUUUUAAGUCUCUGUAUUGUAUUUUAAUUUUGUAAAUGGAAAUUGUCAAGAAUGUAAUGACUUAGAGAAUUAAAUGCCACAUGUUAUGUUAUAUAAAUAAUGUGAUUAAUAACAUGCCAGCUUAAUGAAAUGGGAAUAGUUUACAUGACAGAGAAGCAUAUUUCAUGUUGCAUUUUAUUUGUUCUGAUCUGAAAAAAAGUUAGGAUAGAUUUAGACUCCACAUGUGACUGUCAGCAGCCUCACAGACGUGAAGCAAGACCUCAUAACGUUACGCCACACUGGAGACUCUUUUAGAAUCACAUAGCGAAGUUUAAAUUUGAGUUUGCUUUGUGAAUUUCACAACCUUAAGGAAGUCAUUUUGAAUCACCUCGGCUGUCCUCGUCAGCUGUUUGCUUUGGCUCUUAGGUUCACGCAUACUUCUGUUUUUAACUUCCUUUAACACUUUUGACUGUGGGACAGAAAACCGUGUAGAAACACUGAGGCUCUACAGUACAGAGGGUUCACAGGAAACCACAACCACCUAUACUUAAUGUCAAAGCAAGCAAUCCCAGCCAUAACACCUCAGUGUUUCCACAUAGUGUCUUGCACGCUAACAUAUUUGAAUAAAUUAGAUAGUUUAAACAAAACGUGUCAGGACACAUUCAAUGAAAUCAACCAAAAACACCAAUGGAAUGAACUCAAAGUAAAGGUUGUGUUGAUUCAAGUUCAACUGGAAUAUAUUUAUGAUUUCCUCCUGUUGAGUGUUGAAGCUGCAAUACUUUGAUGUUGUAGCACAAACAGCUUGUUCAAAGCAAAGCGUCAGCCGUGUGCCGUUAUCUGGGAGGCAGACUGUUGAUCGUCAUCUUAGAACUGGGAGGCCGUGACAUGAGAGCGGAGCUUUGUGUGAGAUGAAGCUUUGAUUUUUACCGCAAGCAGUUGUGAAGGGAAAUUAUAUCAUCAUAUCUUCAAAUCCUCAUAUGGCAUGCAUGUUUUUUUUUUAUGCUCUGCUGCUCAUUUACUUUAGACAGCUAUUAUGAGCUGCAGCAACGCUAGUUGACUUGAAACUACAACAUCCUACUUAGGUCAUAGAUCAAUAAUCCAACACUUCAGAUGUUGAAGUAGGGCUUACAUGAACUUUUCAGACAGCAAUGGUAUUUUGAAGAAAGGUACCAGAUGAUUGGUAUUUAUCAAAGGGAGAUUAAACAGGUGAUUUACUUCAUUGGUAAAUAAAUGAGUCUUUUUCA